UUAACGUUAAGUCUGCAAGUAUACUCUUUUGAUGGAAUGGUUGUAUUUGGACUUCUGCUUAUAUGUACCUGUGCUUAUCUGAAAAAAAUACCAAGGUUAAAACAGUGGAUGUUUAGCGAAAAGAAGGGUGUUUGGGGUGUAUUUUAUAAAGCUGCUGUUAUCGGAACGAGACUACAUAUUCCAGUUGCAUUUUCCUGCAUUAUUAGUGCAAUAUAUAUUCUAUUCUUGAAAUAAUGAGUUACAAAUAUAUUUUAUUAUUCUUUGUGGCGUAUGCGUCACUCAAAUAUGUGAGUGCUUCUUACACAUGGGAUCCAAGUGGAUAUGUCAUGUAUUGUCCUUGUAUGGGAAGACUGGGCAAUCAAAUGGAACAAUUCCUUGGUUCUUUGAGGUUUUCGAAGAAUCUUAACAGGACAAUGAUAGUUCCACCUUGGAUUGCGUAUGAUUCAAGAGCGGAUACAAGUUUUACUCCAUAUGAUAAAUGGUUUGACUUUGAUGAACUACAAAAAUUUCACCGAGUAAUUCCCAUGGAAACGUUUAUGAAUGAAUUUGCUUCCAAACAUUGGCCAGAUGAUGGAAAAAGCAGAGUCAUUUUUUGUCCAAAAAUGGCAAUUGAAAGAAGUCCUGAUUCGAAAUCGUGCCCUGCUAAAAUAGGAAAUCCUUUUGGACCAUUUUGGGAUAGCUUUCACAUAGAUUUUACUGGAGGUUCUGAAGUUUACAGCCAUGGAAUUCUCAGCAUAUCUAGUUCAAAGGGCUGGAAUAAAGAAUAUCCUCCGGAACGUUAUCCUGUUCUAGCUUUAAUGGGUGCUCCAGGUGCAUUCCCUAUUGCUGAAUCUGAUAGAGGUUUACAGAAGUAUGUUAAAUGGUCUGAAACCAUGAUUAAUUUAGCAGAAGAUUUCAUCGAUAAGCAUCUUAAAAGGCCAUACAUAGGAAUUCACUUGAGGAAUGGGAUUGACUGGAAGCGAGCAUGCAGCCAUGUCAAAGACAUUACUCACCACUUCAUGGGUUCACCCCAAUGCUGUGGGUAUAACAAACAGCACCAACUUACUGACGAAAUGUGCUUUCCAUCUAAAGAUAGCAUUGUUAAUAAAGUAAAACAAAUUGCGAAACUUCAUGGUGCUACUCACAUUUUUAUUGCAACUGAUGAAGAUCCUAUGAUAAAGGAGUUGUCAGAAACUGGUUUGCAGUUGGUGAAAUAUGAUGAAAAUUAUCCAAUUGCUGACUUGGCUAUUCUAACUAUGGCUGAUGCUUUCAUAGGAAAUUGUGUUUCAACGUUCACAUCUUUUGUUGUUCGAGAUCGAGAAGUGAAAGAUAUGCCAAAUUACUUUUUUUCUUUUGAUCACCAACAUGCAAAAAUAAUACAUGAUGAUCUCUGAGGUAUCACUCGUGGAGUGCAAUAUCUUGACAGAUGUCUAUUUUGUCUGUAUUUUUUAUAAGUAAUAUGUGACUUUCUUUGCUGAGUGCCAGAUUAUACUGGCCUUCUAUCUUCCACUGUCACUUUCAGUAUGACCAAGUUGACCAUAAUAAGACUCAAAGAUGGAUCUGUCUGUAACAUAGAUUUUUGUCAGAUUUAUUGUGAAUAGAUAUAUUUAUAUCAUAACAGUGAAUUUUAGUCACCGACCCUAAUCGUGGUGAUAAGUGGUAUGAGAAACAUAACUUAAUAUUUUGGACAGCCUGCAAUUUCACAUGAAUCCUGCUAUUUUUUAUAAGUAUAAUCUGGAAUAUUCUAAAAACGGUUUUGAGAGCUAGUUCUUGAAAUGUUCGUCGAAUCUUUCUAUUUUGUUGUUAAACUUAUCCUGAGGGCAGAUGCGAAAUGAUGCCUCCUCCCCGUACUCUGAAUUUAGGUCACCUUCUCCAAAUUCUAUGACGUCACAUUUGAGGGCUAAUUUUGCUAGGUUUUCAUCUGUUUUACUCUUAGCACCCAUAUGAAAUCAUAACUGUUUUUUGCACCGCUGUUGUAGAAUUGCUGAAAAUUAAUUUUAGUCUCGUAUAUAGAUAGAAAAACUAUUCGGUAUUUUCUAUUGCUCUCGUGUAUCUGACACAAAAAUAUCACAAUUAGUUACUCUAAUGCAUUUACUAUUUAAUGUCUCGGUAAAAGCAGCAUACUCCGGGGAUAAUAUUGCUGUGGCUUCUGCCCUUUAGUUUGACCGAACUUAUUUAAGGAACAGGCCGGAGUACCCCGAGUUAGAAACAGUGCAUGAAAUAAUUGACUUAUAUAAAGAUUGCUCGGUUUUAAUAUUCGAUACACCCAUUUAAAUGCUUUAUUCUCGUAGUACUAGGAUGAAUGCAAUAAACUCAAUCGAAAGCUCGCAAA